GCGAAGCGAGGGAGGAGAAGCGGAGCCCUCCAGGUACUAUUGUUCUUCUGGAAAUUUGCUAAAAUGGGCCACGCAGAGGUUGGGAUGCCCUUGCAAUCAAAAUCACCAGAACAUCCAGCUAUUAGCCAAAAUUUGGCUGCAGCAGGUCCAACACCUGAUUCAAAGCCAAGGAAGAAGAUCUGUUGUGCCUGCCCGGACACAAAGAGGCUGAGAGAUGAAUGCAUUGUGCAGCAUGGCGAGGCUGCAUGUGAGAAAUGGAUUCAAGCCCAUAAACAAUGCCUUCGGGCUGAGGGGUUUAAGGUUUGAUGCUUCAUAGGACAUUUGGAGUCAGCAGUCUUUUCACACCUGUGAUUUAGGCUCCAUAUGCUUUCUAUACCGAGUUAAAAUAAUUGACCUUCUCAUGAAGAUUCAUGAAUAAAAAUGGCGAAAUGUACUCGAGUGCCAUUUUCUCAGAAGAUGUUUGAUUAUUAUUUUGCAUUCUCAUUUAAGUUAUUUGAUUUUUGUUACAGAAUAUGCAAACAAACUUUUGACUUCAGCUUAGAAUAUACUUACAGAUGUCCCUUAAACCUCCUCUUUUCUAGAGUGAUAUUAGGAUCUGUCAGGGUAAGAUCAUUGCUAAUUGAUUUAAUUUUCAUUAAUUCAUCUUGUGUGUAGCGGUGGAUGUAAUAUCAUUGUUAAAUGUUUGCAUUGCUGUUGCGUUGCAUCUAGUAGGAUACUCUUUUGUGGCUGUGAUGAUUCCAAGUAUGCUGUGCGACGGUUCCUAAAAGUUUUAUACAGUUGCUUUACGAA